AUGUCGUCUGAGAAGACACCACCUGAGAUGUCACCUGAGAAGACACCACCUAAAAAGACACCACCUGAGAAGGCGUCACUCGAGAAGACGCCACCCGAGAAGACGCCACCUGAGGAGACACCACCUGAGAAGACGUCACCUGAGAAGAUGCCACCUGAGAAGGUGUCACUUGAGAAGACACCACCUGAGAAAAAGCCACCUGAGAAGACGCCACACAAGCAGAUGCUACCUGAGAAGACACCACCAGAGAAGACACUCCCUGGGAAGACACCAUCUAAGACGCUACCUGAGAAGACACCACCUGAGAAGACGCCACCUGAGAAGACACCACCUGAGAAGACGCUACCUGAGAAGACGCCACCUAAGAUGCCACCUGAGAAGAUGCCACCUGUGAAGAUGCCACCUGAGAAGACACCAUCUAAGAAGGCGUCACCCGAGAAGACACCACCUGAGAAGAUGUCCCCUGAUAAGAUACCACCUGAGAAGAUGCCACCUGAGAAGACGCCACUUGAGAUGCUACCUGAGAAGACACCAACUGAGAAGACACCACCUGAGAAGGCAUCACCUGAGAAGGCGUCACCCAAGAAGACGCCACCUGAGAAGAACUCCCCUGAGAAGAUGUCAUCUGAGAAGACACCACCUGAGAUGUCACCUGAGAAGACACCACCUGAGAAGACACCACCUGAGAAGGCGUCACCUGAGAAGACGCCACCCGAGAAGACGCCACUUGAGGAGACGCCACCUGAGAAGACGUCACCUGAGAAGAUGCCACCUGAGAAGACACCACCUGAGAAGACGCUACCUGAGAAGACACCACCUGAGAAGACGCUACCUGAGAAGACACGACCUGAGAAGACGCCACCUGAGAAGACGUCGCCUAAGAAGAUGUCACCUGAGAAGAUGUAA